AUUAUUAUUAGUUUAUCUUUUGGCAAAAUUAGGAAUUUUUUUAACUUGAAUUUUUUUUUAAUCACUAUUUGUUUUAUUAUUUUAUGAAUAAUCGUUCAUUUGCGAACUUUCUCUACUAGAAUUAUUAGAUAUUUAAUUACUUCUAGAAACUCCUAAAAAAGGUGAUCUAUUUUUAACAACAGGAGGAAUCAUUUAUUAUUCUUAUUUUUCCUAAGAAAUAGAACUUUUUUAAGAAGAGUUUUAUCUAGAAUGUAUAUAUAUGUUUCUGUUUUCUUCUUCUUUACAUUAUAUUAUUUUCUCUUAAUUUAUCGGACUAGUGUUUAAAGGAGGUUUUCCUAAAUGUAUUUUAUUAUUUACGUUUACUUAUGGAGAAUUAGUCAUUAUAUUAUUUUAUUUAUAUUCUUCGGUUAUAGGAGGUUUUUUACCUGGCAUUAAUCUGAGAGCAUUAGAUAAAGUCUUUCCAAGCUUUUUUUAAGUUUCUUCCUUAUGUUCUUAUGUAUUUUUAUUUUAAUUAUUUUCUUCCUAUUUUUAAUUUUAUUCUUACUUUUUAAUUUCCACUUCUUCUUAUUUAAUUUUUACUUCUUCUUUUUUAAUUUUCUCUUGUUCUUAUUUAACUUUCCCUUAUUCUUAUUCUUAUUUGAUUUUCUCUUGCUCUUAUAUAACUUUCUCUUGUUCUUAUUUGAUUUUCUCUUGCUCUUUCUCUUGUUCUUAUUUAAUUUUCUCUUGCUCUUAUUUAAUUUUUUCUUGUUCUUAUGUAACUUUCUCUUGUUCUUAUUUAAUUUUCUCUUCUUUUUAUUUAAUUUAUUCUUUUUCCUUUUCUUAUUUAAUUUAUUCUUGUUCUUAUUAUUAAAUAAAAUGUGUUUAUUAAUUUUUUUUAUUAAACUCUUCUUAUAUUGAUUUAUCUAGUAUUUGUUUAUUUUAUAUUUCUUUCACUUUUUCAAGUUUUUUUUAGGAUUUUUAAAUUUUUAUUUAUUUUUGAGAAUUCUAAUUUGUACUAUUUUAUGAAAUUAUUUAAUAUUAAGGCUUAUGUAAAUUGAUAUUUUUUUAAUUUUUUAAAGAUUUGUUAUCUUUUUCCUGAUCUUCUAUUUGUAUUUAGGAGGAAGAAAAAUUCAGUUUAUCCUAUUGAUGAUUAUAAUUAUUUGCAUAUUAAAACUAUUAAGUAUUCAUAGAAUUUAAUAAAGCAUUAUUUUAAUUUUUAGAUAUAUUUGUUUUUGUUUCGUCUUAUAUUUUAGAUAACUUCAGUUCAUUUUUAUUGCUUUAAUAACUGUUUAUAUCAUAUUAUUAAAAUUUUUAUUGUUUUACUAAAGUUUU